CUUGGGAUACAACAAAAAUGUUACCAAUGGUGUAAUCAUCAUGGCGUUGCUAGUUUUGAACGUUCUGUCGGUGAGCCUUUCGAUAAAAUUGCAGAAUGUGUUUACCGUUGUACGAAUAGCGCUGAUGAGCAUUUUCAUUUUUACAGCAUUGCUUGUGGUAUUGGGCAUAGUAAAAACCAACAGUCCAUCUGAUAAACUACAGUUUGACUUCAAACUUGAUGAGUUUCUCAUAUCCAUUCUCUUCAUAUUAGGAACAUUUGACGGGUUCAAUUCGGGCAAUUUUAUAUCAGAACGAGUACGAGAUCCCAAAAAAUCAUUUAUUCGUGCUAUCAUAACCUCUCUGAUAGUGGUGGGCGUAAUUUAUAUGUUUAUAUGUUAUUCGAUGUUCGUUGUCAUCCCUUCAAAUAGUUUCUUCACUUCUAAUGAUAUCAUGAAGGCAUACUUUGAUCACCUCGAUGUUCAAUUUCUCAAGACAUACUUUCCGAAAAUUUUGGUCAUUUUUCCGUGUGUUGGCUCGCUCAAUGGCUGCUUUAUACUCAUCAAAUCGAUCGUAAAGAGCCAUGUUAGCUUUUCAAACAGCAUGUUGGCUCUUAUCUCGCUGCUUGUCUUUGUUUUCACUUUACUUGACAUGAUCAGUGUGUUAAGAAAAAUUGGGUUGUUCACAAACAUAUUUUACAUGCUCUCCAUCACGACACUGUUCAAAUUAAGAAAGAAGAAGCAGUUGGUAUUGAACAUUCCCUUGUUUUUCAUUAUACUGGCAUCUUUUAUGUGCUUAUCUAUGGCAUGCGUGUCAUUUUACUACGGAUUCUUCAGGUAAAGGUGCAGAAUCGCCUCUUAAAUGGUUAUGAUUAGUU